AUGACCUCUUCUUCCGACAGCUUCGAGAAUAUCACGUUUCAAUUGCCCGUGGAUGAACUUGGCAACCUGGAAUUCUUGGCCGGACUUAUCAGUCCCGAACUAAGCUCUCCGGAUAGCCAGCAACUUCUACCAAGUCUGGAGUGUCCAAGCUCCUCUGGUUACAACUCAACAUGUUCUUCUGCAGAUUACUACUCUUCUAACACUUCAUCUUCUAAUUCCUCAACUUCUGGAUCCUCUGGACUAACUCCACCACCGAUAGAAGGUUUCUACCACCAUCCGUCUCCCACCCCUUAUUCGCCUUAUCCGGCUUACUAUCCUCCAGCAAAUCAGCAGUUCUUCUUUCCCGAAAACUUCUCUCCAAAUCAGCCUGCUUCUUUUGAUCUCCAAGCCUUCCAAUCGUCUAUCAACUCCUACCUCCAGUCUGCAGAAAUCCCUUCUCAAAACGCUCCCAACCUUCGAAUGGAAAAAUCGAAACUCAAGAAUCGCCGCGCUUCCCGAUCAAAAUGCCCCUGCUUCAAAUGCUGCCACGCUCGUGCCCAUCAAAUUCCGUCACCAACUUACCAUGCCUGCAUCGUCAAAAGUUGCCAGAAAACUUAUACUCGCCCUGCUCAUCUGCGCAACCACCUCAAAUCACAUGACAACGAUGGCAGACUUCAGUGCGAAAUUUGUUCUGUAAAUUUCAUUUCAUCUGAUUUGCUUAUUUCGCACAUGUUUGAACAUGGGCAAGAAAUGAAAAACUAA